CCAUUGCAUUCCUCUAUAAAAGCAUCCUCGCACCACCUUCAUUAGAGGUAACGGUUUGAUAAGGUGGAAGACUAACUUAAAGAAAAAGCUAAAAGACUACAUCCAAAAACAAGAGGAAACUAAAAGAAUUUUCUUCGGAAAAAGCUACAAUAAAAGGAUGGGCUCGUUUGGUGUACAGAUCACGUGUAUGGCACUGGGAAUUUUAGGUCUCAUUGCGGCGGUUGUGACCAUUGCUGUUCCAAGAUGGAAGGUUUCUGCUUUUAUUGGUCAGAACAUUAUCACUGCACAGGUUCAGGAAGAGGGCUUGUGGAUGGAGUGUGUGGUUCAGAGUACCGGGCAGCAGCAGUGUAAAGCCUACGACUCGCUGCUCAUCCUGAGCUCUGACCUCCAGGCGGCCCGUGCCAUGACCAUCAUCAGCUGCAUGCUCGUGGUCCUGUCCCUGCUCAUUCUGUGCGCCGGCGCCGAAUUCACCACCUGCAUCGACAACGAUGCGGUCAAACCCAAAAUGAGCCUGGUGUCCGCCGUUGGUCUGAUCAUCGCGGGCUUGUUACUGAUCAUCCCCGUCAGUUGGGCCGCUAAUAAUGUCGUCCGCGACUUCAACAAUCCCCUGGUAGCCCAGCCUCAGAAGAGAGAGCUGGGAGCCUGCAUCUUUGUGGGCUGGGCAGGAGGAGUCCUGCUCCUGCUGGCCGGAGGUUUGCUGUGCUGCUUCAGUGGACUCUGCUCCGGAGGAUCUGGAGGAUCCAGCGGAGCCGCCAAAUACUACAGCAACAACCCCACUGCACCAAGCAAGAAUUACGUGUAGAUCCAACUAAGCAUUGGUGGCAGAAAUAGAGAUAUGGGUAACACUUUACAGUGAGGUUCAUUGGCUAGCUACAUGCACAGUACUCCUAUAGCAUUUAUAAUCUUAGUUUAUGUUAAUUCAGUAAUGCAUUCUUAAAAUCAAGUUGUGUUUGUUAACAUUAUUAAUGCACUGUCAGCUAACAUGAAUAAACAAUGAACAACUAUAUUUUCAUUAACAAAAAUGAAUAGUGUAAUAAAUGUAUCGUUAAUUGUUUGUUCAUGUUAGUUAAUUACAAUUAACUUAUGUUAACAAAUGUUACCUUAUUGUAAAGUGCAGCCAAAAUAUGUUAAUUUUAGUCUUUAUAGCUAAUGAGAAUAACAAAGUAGAAAAGGUCAAGAUCUGCAAAGAUGUAAAUAUAACUUGUUUAGAGCUACUGUCAUAGUCUUUAAGCUUUUAAAUUAGCUUCAUAUAGUUUACUGCUGUAGUUUCUUAGAGCAGCUAAUAAACAAUGCACUUGUUUAUUAAAAUUCAGGGAUGGGCCGAGCUUGUGUCCAAAAUACUUUCAGGUCAUUGUAUCAGUGCCAGUCCUUGUCAUUUCAAUAAUGCUCCGGAAUAGUUCACUGUUUUUGAGUAAUACAGAGCAAAUGUUUUUUCAAGUACUUUUUUUGGAUGUGGGAAUCUACUGUAAUCUGUACAAUUGCUACACAAUUUUGUUUGUGUGUGUGUGUGUGUGUGUGUAUUAGGUCAUAAUCAUUUCCAAUGCCUUUCUGUAUUUUCAAUAAAACUAAUUGAUUUAAGACA